UUCAAGUUUUGAUAAGUUGAUAGGCAAGGUGUUUUAAGUUCUUAAAAGAAGUACUAACUAUAACAGUGGAAUUAAAAUUAAGAAGUUAAGUUAUUUAUGUGUUUGAUAUUUAUAGAAUACUAUUAUGUAUAACAGAGAACACGCAACUAAGCUACCAAAAACCAGUUCAGAAAUUAUUAGUGAAGCAAAAGCAGCUCUGAAUCCACCCCUUUAUAUAAAGCCACUUACAACAAAUAGACCAUUCACCCCUAGGGAAAGGGUUUUCUUCUGUCAACGACGAACAAAUCGUCCACCAAGUGCUUUUAAGUUGCAACACGUGCAAUUUCAGGAAAAUAAAAAAACAAGUUGUACAAAACUACCAGCUCUUGAUAAUCCAAAAUAUUCAACAGCUAAUAGUUUAGAUUGUAAAAAAGAAAUUAAAAGACAAACACAUAGCAGUUCGGCAAGCACUACACGUCGACGUUCUAAUUCAGAUGUGGCUAACAACGCAAAUAUAUCAAGAAAAAAAAUGUCAUCAUUAUCUUUUCCUCUGUCAAUUGAUACGCUACUUAAGAACCAUUAUGAACAAAACGUAUACGAUCAUGAAUACAUGAGCCAUGAAAAUGAAAUCAACGAAGCGAGAGCAUUAUGUUUUGAUGUCGACACUGACUGCUUAUGGAUCAUAUCACUAAUUGAAACCAAAAUGAAAAAAAACUUUGAAACUAGCGAGAUGUGCUCACUUUUAAAUAAGUUAGCAAUGGCCAUAAAACGCGAAAACCUAUCGGUAAUACGUGACGAAAAUAAAAAAGAAACUAUAUUGAAAACAGUAUUUAAACUUGUUAAUACUUCACCUGACGAUGAUCUUACUGUUCAUAUAUUAUUAGUGUUACUUCAGAUGCAAGUGACUGGAAAAUAUUUAGCAACUGUUUGCAAACUAAUUUUCAAAAUAUCUCGUUUAGACAAAAACGAUAAUUUAUUUCUCAAAACCAACGUGUUAACCCUUUUUGUGGAUAUACUUGGCUUGGCUACUCCACGCGAAGAUGCCGAGUCAUUGAUUUACGGUUACGGAGCUUUAAAAUUUCUUACUAUGAAUCCAGAUUUAAUGGAACGUGCCAUGAAUAACGGUUGUCUAUCGCUAAUGCUGUUACAUUUGAAAAUGAUAAAUUUAGAAAGAACAGAACGGCAAGUCUUGCCGGAAACCAUCAACCACGUACUUUACCAAUUAACUGGUACUCUCAGAAACGUAGUCAACGACAGAAAAUUUUACGUUGAACUUUUGUCUUCCGGUGGUUUAGUGACUAUAUACCGUGCUUUGGAAUUGUUUUCUGGAGAUAUUGAUGUGGUUACGAACAUUUCAAGAAUUUUAAGUAUUAUGUCCACUGAUGGGAAAUGCUGCGAAGCACUUGUGGAUUGCUGGUCAAAUGUAUCCGUAUUAAUGUCAAUAAUAGACAAAUACCCAGGGCAAGAAGAAAUUGUAGUUCGUAUUACCUAUACAUUAGGAAAUAUACUGACUAAUAAUGAAAACGCUAGACACCAAUUAUACGAAACACAUUGCUCUUUGGGAACAUUUUUGAAUUUAAUGCAAUUAUACUUGGAAAAAGAUUUAAACAAUAUAUCACGUGAUGUUAAAUUUAACAUUGUUGAAGACGUGCUUAUCAAAAUUAUACGUGUCAUAGUAAAUAUGAGCAUACAACCAGAAAUUGGUGCUAAAUUAGUAAAGGCGGCAGACGAUUAUCAUCCAGUUCACAAAGUUAAAGAAUGCGAACAAUUUUUAGAUUCUUUAUUGACUAUACUUAGGCGGAAAUCUAUUGAUGAAAAUGAAGAGCUUGUACUCGCUGCGUUAGCGGCUUUGAACAACUUAUCAUAUUAUGCGGACAUGUCAAAUCCGAAUCAUGGUCCUUUUGGCGCUCGUCAGUUAGAUAUAACACAUGCAUUGAGUUUGUUACUUACAACCAGAAAUCAGUUUUGCAAAGUGGAGGUAGCUAGAGUAUUUGGAAACUUAACAAGAUCAGCUACAGUUCGAGAUUACUUAUUAGAGACUAGUGGUUUAUUGGCGGUGACCAACUGCUUGGAUAGUGGCGACAAGGAAUUACUGGUCGUAUGUUGCGGCGUAUUGGUUAAUAUGACUUCUGACGAGAACAACCGAGAAGCGUUCAAAAAUUACAAUGGUGUUUCAAAAAUGGUAAAUAUUCUUAGGUCGUUGGGUGAACACAAUUGGACCUUGUCAGCGCUUAUCUGCCAAACCCUGUGGAACGUGUGUUCAGGCAGUGACCGUUUUCCUGGUGACCCUAUGGUAGUACUCGACACGCUGGUCAAACUCACAGACGAAGAACAAUUAUUUGGUGAGCUAUUGUCGUCGAACGAGGAGAAAGUGGCAGAGUACAAGCAAUGGGAAGAUUUCGCUUCGGUGGCUACGAAUCUCUUAGAGUGGUUAGAUGAACUACUAGAAGGGAGAUUUGAUAACAUAGAACAAUAAUACUGACCGUCGAGUUCACGUAUUAUUUAUUAUUGUUUUUAUUCUUAGAUGUUUGCAGCAUAUCGGUUAACAAAUUAUAUGAAACUCUAUAGUACCACAUGGCGUGUACCUAAUCACAACUAAAUCACUUUAAAGAAUAGAACAAUAUAUUCUCAAAUAAAAUAAACCAAAUUAUUAUGAAUAUUGAAAAAUUAAAUUUUACUAUUUUAAGGUAUUAGAAGUACUUAUAGGUAUUCAAAAUUAAAAUUAGUAUAUUGAAUAUUAUUUCAUUAUAGAAUAAUUUUCUUUUUUAUUCUUAAGAGGACGUUGCACCCACAUUGUAAUGUGUCCAUCUUACCAACGCAUAUAAAAUUGAAAUUUACGUUAAGCAGUUCCAAUUUUGUAUUUUUAGUUUAAAUAUUAGAAUGACCUAUUAUCAAACUUAAAUGUAACAAUAUUAUCUGUGUUGUGUCGUCGGUUUUUACGAUAUUUAAAUUUUUAGUCGAAUUAUGAGUAUGUAACAUUUUAAAAACGUAUACAAAUUCUCAUAAGUCAUAACUCGCUUAAACAUUUAAAUAUUGUAAAAAACCAACGAGACGUAGAUAAUGUUCUUACGUUUAAGUUUGAUAGGUAAAUUCACUCUAAUAAUUAGACUAAUACAAAUAGAAGCACUGCUGAAAGCAAUUUUGACAUGUUGUCCAUUUCACAGAUGUGAGACGGAGACAGCACUAUUGGGUGUGGGACAAAAUGAAAGCUCGGCCCGGCAAUAGAGGGCAAUGAAAAAUAUCGAUUGUAAACUCGGCCGAUAAUUUUUACGGGUAAAAUAUAGUAAACUCUGCAUAAUUUAGUUCGAGAAUAAUAAAUAACGUAUCUAUUUCUUAUCAUGGACAAUUUGUUGUUAAAAUAUAAUUUAAAGUUGAGACAAAUCAAUUAAUUUUUGUACUAGAAUUUUGAAACGAUGUUUACAUAAUCAUCACAAUUAUUGUCGAUUUAAUAAAAUAAUUUUUGGAGGAUAAUGAGAAUUGCCUCUUCGUAGAUUGUGUGUCCUUUGGUAAUAUUAAAUGGACAAAUGGUUCUCAAAAUUAUUAUAAAAUAUUAUAAGAUAAUACCCAUAAUAAUAAUAUAGGAGAAUAUCAGGGCAUUUUUUUUAUACCAGUCGAGUUUACUUACCAAUAAUUUUCAACCGAAAAAUUAUCCAGCUUAACUUUUGCAAAGUUUUGCUUAUGGCUGAGUUUACUUUCGCGCCCUAGGUGUGAUGUCCUUUUAAAAUUGAGUUAUUCGUUGAUACUUGCAGAUUUGCCUAUUAUUACAGGUAAAAAUGUUUAAUUUGAUUAUUAUCAAUUUCAUUUUCAAUUAUGUAUGUUCAUUGGAGAACGUUAAUGUCUUACUUUCUUAGAUUAUUAAUCAGUAGAGGUACCUAUAGGGCUAUAGGUAAUCAUUAUACAUUAUACAUGAGUACCUACAUGACCCUUUAUAUACUUAUUAACUUUACACCACGAUUUAAGAUAGUACUAUCUUAAAUCGCGCUUUACGCUAAUGAUUUUGGUCUAACUCUAACACAUUUUCGGUGUAGUUUUAACAAGUUAUUAUAAUCAUUGAAUAAUAUGUAUUAUAUAGAAUACUAGAAUGUAGAUACUAACAUUAAUAUUUAUAUUAUUGUUAACUUAGAAUUUCUUAAAAAUAAGUUCGUGGUUCAAUGACACUCUUAUAAAAUAUAUACUAUUUGAACAAUAUCUAUGAUAUAAGUAAUGUAAAUCAACUAGCGUACUAGUGUUGCGUACAUCAUGUCUUAUAAACAAACUUCUAUUGACUAUUUGUAUAAAAUGUUCAAUUUUCUGGUAGAACUUAGAACUUAGAAUGUAUACUAUUAUACUAUAAUACUGGUACUAUGGUUAGAUUAGUGUAAAUGGUUAAAGUUUAUCAUCAUAUUUUAUACCGUUUGUUAUUACUAUAAUAAUAUAUAUGUAUAAUAAUAUAAUAUAAGUAAAUAUAUCAUUUAAAACUGAAUAAAAUAAUACUCAGUUUAUUGAGUAUACUUAACUCAAAAUUGUAUAUA